AUGCCUUUCGAGCUUGUCCUCCUCUCGGGCGCGGCGCACCUCCUCACCGCCGCCUUCGCCUACGCCUGCCACACCGCCGUCGUUCUCUUCGACUCGUCGCCCACCGUCGCCGCCAUCGACAGCCCGUUCUUCAGAUGGGACGCGUUCCACUUUGCGCACAUCGCGGACCACGGCUACGUUUACGAGUAUGAGUGGGCCUUCUUCCCAGGCGUACCCAGCGUCCUACGUAUCCUCUCCUCAUCCUCAGGCUCGGACCAUUUAUCGUUUCUCUUCCAUGCCCUCGCUUUACUCCCUAUCUCGAUGUUCAGCGCGCUGACGCUAUAUGAGCUCUCCUCGCUGGUCUUGGGGUCUCCCAAACUUGCCCGGCUCGCAACGCUGCUCAGCCUGUUGCCCUCGAGCCCCAUCACACUGAGAUUGGCACCGUCCCCAGAAGGAUGGUAUACAUGUGCAGCGUAUAGGGGAAUGUUGCACUGUGCAAGGAAAGAAUGGCUCCGCGCGGCGCUGUGGUUCAUGAUCGCUGGAUCCUUCAGAUCAAAUGGCAUUGUCCUCGCAGGCUUCAUCCUCUGGGGCAUGCUCGUCGAGCCGUUUCUGCUCCAGAAAAAGAUUUCACUCGCCAACCUCUGUAAAUCCAUCCCCCUCGUCGGCAUGGUAUUUGCCCCAUUCAUAUACCAUCACUGCAAUGCAUACCUAGCCUUCUGCCUUAGCGCAGACGUCUCCGCUCCAGAGUGGUGUUCGCGCACAAUCCCAUCCAUUUACAGCUACGUUCAAGCCAAGUACUGGAAUGUCGGCCUAUUCAAAUACUGGACCCUCCAACAGCUCCCCAACUUCAUCCUCCCAGCGCCCGUACUUCUUAUCCUCUUCUCAUUCAGCUUUUGGUACUUGCGCAAUCUCUGCCCUGAUCGGCGUGCAGUGGAGAGACGGCCGUCCAGUCCAUCGAGCUCAAAUUUCCUUACACUCAAACUCGUUCCUCAUGUCAUCCAUACCUGCUUCAUGGGAGUCACUCUCCUCGUUGCAUCGCACACGCAAAUCGCCCUCCGCCUCGCUGCAUCUAUGCCCACCAUCUAUUGGGCUGCGGCGUGGUUACACUGUCACAAACCCACCCAUAGCCUAGCUCGGUUAUGGGUAUGGUGGAGUUUCCUCUGGGGAAGCAUCUCCAUUAUCCUCUGGACAGCAUUCCUUCCCCCGGCCUAA